UGGACACCCAACGCACUGCUUCUUGCUCUCAAGCCCAGUACGACUCCCAGCAGAGCGUGAAGAUGGCGGAGGGCGAAUUGAACGUGGACAGCCUAAUCUCUCGCCUUUUAGAAGUGAGGGGAUGCCGCCCGGGCAAGAUCGUGCAGAUGACCGAGGCGGAGGUGCGGGGCCUGUGCAUCAAAUCCCGCGAAAUCUUCCUCAGCCAGCCCAUCCUGCUGGAGCUCGAAGCUCCCCUCAAGAUAUGCGGUGACAUCCACGGGCAGUACACGGAUCUGCUGCGUCUUUUCGAGUACGGCGGCUUUCCGCCCGAGGCCAACUACCUGUUCCUCGGCGACUACGUGGACCGCGGCAAGCAGUCGCUGGAGACCAUCUGCCUGCUGCUGGCCUACAAGAUCAAGUACCCGGAGAACUUCUUCCUUCUGCGGGGGAACCACGAGUGCGCCUCCAUCAACCGCAUCUACGGCUUCUACGACGAGUGUAAGCGCAGGUUCAACAUCAAGCUGUGGAAGACUUUCACCGACUGCUUCAACUGCCUGCCCAUUGCCGCCAUCAUCGACGAGAAGAUCUUCUGUUGCCACGGAGGACUUUCACCAGAUUUGCAGUCAAUGGAGCAGAUCCGCAGGAUUAUGAGGCCAACAGAUGUGCCUGAUACAGGCCUCCUCUGCGACCUGCUUUGGUCCGACCCGGACAAGGACGUGCAAGGCUGGGGCGAGAACGACCGCGGUGUCUCGUUCACCUUCGGCGCCGACGUAGUCAGCAAGUUCCUCAACCGCCACGACUUGGAUCUCAUCUGCAGGGCCCACCAGGUUGUGGAGGACGGAUACGAGUUCUUUGCCAAACGCCAACUGGUCACACUGUUUUCAGCGCCCAACUACUGCGGGGAGUUCGACAAUGCCGGCGGCAUGAUGAGCGUGGACGAAUCGCUCAUGUGCUCCUUCCAGAUCUUAAAGCCCUCAGAGAAGAAGGCCAAAUAUCAGUAUGGGGGGGUCAAUUCCGGUCGGCCUGUCACUCCUUCCCGCACCACUCAGGCCCCCAAGAAGAGGUGAACAUGCAACGGCCUUGUGAACCCCGAGAACCCCCACCCCCACCACACACACACACACACACACACACACACACACACACACACACACACACACACACACACAC